UUAUUCAUCGUACCGCCCAUACUCCCGUGCGAUGCUGGUGGUAAAUGCUGUAAUGUAUGGUGUGAUUGACAGUGAAAUGGGUGUUGCUGUGCGACUUUCGGACGUAUCUUAGCGAUAGUUAUAGUCGCAAUAGUUGUAUGACUGUGCGUCAAGUUGCCUGCAACAUGCAGAAAACGACUGUGUGGUUACUUGUGCAUCUAGGUGUUUCGUGGUUUGUAUCGUCUGUUUACGGAAUGUAUGGGGACAACACAGCAAGUGCAUCUGUUUAUUACUUCGAAAAUUAUUGUACAAACAGUACGACAGACGUUCCGAUACUGCUCGACACCAUGGGCACAAUAAUCCUGAAUCAAUCGGAGAAGCGGUUCAACUGUUCCGUCGAAGUUCAGUUUGAUGGACAAUCUGGCCUCUUAAUCACGCUCGUCAACAUCACCUUGAAGGAAAGCCCUAACUGCACAGAGGAAUACUUCGAAGUGACGACAUUGGGUCAGGAUCCCAAAGCUUUUGGCCCAAAAUUUUGCAAGACACAGUCGGACGUACUGGAAUCAAAUCCAGAGAUGCAAGUGGUCAUUGAACCGUUAGAGACAGACGGGGCCGUCAACUUAACUCUCAGUUCUGCAGCAAACGCCACAGGACCUUUGCCUGCAUUCGUCCUCGCACUGACAAUUUUUACAGCAGUGAACCCAAAGACUCAGCAGUGUGCAUCACGUUUUGAGCAUCAGUGUCCAACCAAUCGGUGCAUUCCCAUGGGCAUCUUCUGCGACGGACAUAACCACUGCGGAGGAAGCCAGCGGCCUGUUCCACUUGAGUGUCCGGGUGGUCCGACACAGAAGGAGACAGUCUGGGCAAUCGCAACCAUAGCCUUUGGACUGGUGUCUAUGGCCCUCCUCCUGCCAGCAUUUGUGUGGACCGCUGUUCGUGGCGGACAGAUUCAGGUAACCUCGGUCAUUCACAAUGGGAAGCCUUCAGUAUCUCCAUCAGAUCCGUCCAUAAACGACCCAGAGCGCGGCAGUGCUCCGACAGAAGCUCCCUGGGUCCAGGGUACGAGCACGCAGGAUCCAGUACCCGAGACAACUAACGACACGGCACACUUGGUCCAUUCCUGAGAACGACCCCCGCGGACGGUCCGAAUGAUGGCUACGACGUGCCCUCUCGCGGCUCUGACCCACGGCUCGGCGGUCACGUGGCCGUGAACCGUGGGAAAGACAACAGAGCGGCAGAGUCGAAAACGAGGUCUUUCAGUUUACUAUGUCCGCCUUAAUUUUUGUACGACCGUGUGAGGAUUUUAGACGUUGUGACCAUGUACUGUUCCAAUCGUGUUCUUUUUACCGGUGUUGCUACAUUCAAGCAGGAAAUGGCACUGACCUCCUUUCGUGGAACAGAAGACAAGGGAGAAAUACACUUAGUAAACAAAGUGCCUCACUGCUAGCCUAAUCCUUUGUGUAUGUUGCAUUAUCAUCAUUUUCUGUGCAUACUAUAAGAUAAGUGUGAAAACGUGUAUCUUGCUUUGAAACAGUCAUGCCUCGAGUGACAAGAAAAUUAGGUAAUCGGUAAUUUCUGCUCCCUAUGAAAGCAAUUUCUCAAAUGGAAAAGAAAUCAAGUAUGCUUCUAGAACUGAAAGGAAGUUAUACUCAGUUCGAACCCUAAUUGUGGCAUUUGAUUUCGUACUUUUAGUAAUGCUUUUUGUACUUAGGACACCGUGCAUCCUCGACAUGCAGCAUAGUUAGGGUCGUGUGUUUUUGGGUUUUACGUUUUUUUUUAAAUCAGAAGGGGGAGAGAGAUUGGCUGGUAUUUUAGGGGCCGUAAACUAGUAAAAUCGGGUGCAAAAAAAGAAAAAGGAAUGCUCCUCGCAGUUUACAUGAACGUGAUAUGCAGAACACAACGUCCUCUAAUGCCAGUAUUGAUGGCUGAAUUUGCACUUUGCAAAUAAGUUCUCAGUUGUUACCCUAUAAGUGAUGAUGAUGUAAAUCGGGGGGCUAAAAACGGGUUUGACCCUAAAACGCGGGGCCCUAAUCAUAGUCUAUAGGCACAAUGUUACCGCUGACUGCAUAAAAUAUAUGCCACUUAGAAAUACAAGACAGCCUUUCAUGUUGUAUCCAACACUCACAAAACAUAGUGCCUUCAAUGUGCCUUCAAAGACGUGUUCCACAAUCAUACAAGUGAAUGUAUUUGCAUCGUAGUAUAUACUUGUAAUCUUUAUUAGAAUCCUAUAAAAUACACAAUUAUUUUGUU